AUGUACUACCAGGAGGAUCUUCACUCCAAGCGUGGACCAAGGAGCUUCACCGAGCCCGGCGUCGGCAACGCAGCUGUCUGUUCAACACCCGUUAGCACCCAGCGAACUCCAACUCCAAGGAAGGGUGUGGAGGUAAGGAACCAGCGCGCUCACCACCCGAUUCACCCCAUUCUCACCCGCCUCACCCGCACCUUCGGCCCCUUCGGCUCCCUCAAAGGAGAUGGCGCCGUCGCCGACGACGAGGGCGGGCGAGUAGGCGCCGAGGUUGAUGUUCAACGGGAGGGGGAGGGCGGUGGUGAGGGUGGGGGGCGGUGA